CACCGAGCCGUUGCGUUUGAAACUCACAGAAGGAAUUCCGGCGCAGGACGGCAAGGGGCUGGGAGUUACUUGGCACGGAAAUUGGUUAAAGCCCUCUGGAGAGCCUGGCCCGCCCUGCGGAGGCUGCGCCCUUUUAAGGACCGUGUCCCUCUGCGGCCGGCCGAUCGCACGCCGGCGCAGGGCUGCCGCGGUGUCUGCUGGGGGUCCGCGGCCGGGCUGGCUGGGAGAUUGUCCACAGCGGCGUUGGGAGCGGGAGACAGAAGCGAGUAGAGGAGAGACCGGCGAUCGAAAGCAGGGACUCUGGGGGCGGGCUGGAGCCGUUGGCCCUAGGCGUGCUCGCGGUCCCCCAAAGGCCGGAGACAGAACCUUAUGGGGGGCUCCUGCCCCCGCUGAGCCUAGCUCAGUGCCAGGACCUUAGCCAGCCCUCUGAGUCUGAGUGGCUUGGCUGAAAAUGGGCUGAGCCUCAGGUCCCGAAAGCGGGUGUGCCAGGGACUGUGGGGAGAACCAGUCCUUUCCUCCAGCUGUUUGCAGAUGUCAUUUUGCCUGCCCAGGCACCUGAGUCCUGAGCUCCUCCUAAGCUACUGGGUUUUGUUGACUUUUAAAUAUUUCCUUCUAAGGGGAGGGGGGGCAAGAGUCAAGAAAGAGCAAAUAAAAACAAAUCAAAACAAGCCUCCCCUCCCCAAAAGAGAGCUGUCCCUCCACCCACCACCCCUACCCAAAGCAAAGUCCUGCAGCCACCUGGCAGGAGCAAUAGCCAGACAGAACUGACCUCCCCAAGGCAGGUCCUCAGCUCCCUUUCUGGUGAAUGCAGAGCAGCGGUGCGAGGUCCCUCUGUCUCCAAGUCCUGGGUUGAGAAAGGCGCUCCCAGAAAGAGAGAAGGAUGGCCAGCGGGAAUGGGCUCCCUUCAUCCUCUGCCCUGGUGGUCAAGCGUCCCUCUGCCCUGGGCCCAUUCCCCAGAUUUGUUUGGAUCCACCAGGACACCCCCCGAGAUAGCUUGGAUAAAACUUGCCAUGAAAUCUGGAAGAAAGUUCAAGACUUGCCUGAGGCCCUGCAGCCCGAGACCUCCAUGGAGCAGCUCUCUGCCCUCACAGCUGGGACACCAAGAGACUACUGUCUUGGCUUCCAAGAAGAAGCCCCGGAGCUCAGCAGGGACAGAGAUGAGAUUUCCCUCCUGGUGGAGCAGGAAUUCUUGAGCCUCACCAAGGAGCACCUCAUUCUGGUCCCAGAGAGCUCAGAGGAACUGAAGGCUACUAGUGAUGAUCCCCAGGGGACCAGAGAGCUGGCUCCUUGUGUUCUUGCACCUCUCCUGGUGGCAAGAAGCAGUGAGUGCCCAGGAGCCUCCCUCACUGAUGGCGACAGGCUUCAGGAGCAGAAGGUGGCCAUGUCAAUUAUUGGCAGACAGCAGGACUGCGAUUCUGCCAUGUCUACAGCAACAGGCAUCCUGUGUGCUGCCAAGAUCAGGGGUGCCAAUGGGAUGGAGGAUGGGGACCACAGCCUGGGUGACUGCACCUCGGAGAUCAGUAAGCUCUUGACCCAGUUUCCGCUGAAGUCUAUGGAAAUGUCCAAAGCCCCCGACGACAAGAUGGUGCUGAAGGAGACAAGAGUCAUCAAGGACUUCCUGCAGAACAGCAUUUUCAGUGACUCUGGACCCACAGAGCCCAUGGGGCUGGGCCCCUUCAGGCUGGUGCCUCCUCCACCUCCUCCUCCACCCCCAGACAAGCUUGCUGAUGAGCUCCCUGCCCAGAAGAACCAGCUGCCAGUGUUUGCCAAGAUCUGUUCCAACACUGAAGCUGACCCCGCCACGGAGGGGCAUCACUUGAUAGAAUGGAACCCUGGCAUUAAGGAGUCAACCAAGAGUCAAGAGAGCCUCUUUCUCAGCCAGUGGCCCGAGAGCCAGAAGGACACCUGUGGUGAGGAGAGUCACAGUGACCCAGUGAGCACCAUGCCCACCAAGAAGCCUGCAUGGCCAGAUGAGAAGAACCUGCUCUGCAAGUUCCUUGGGACUACCAAGAACAACCCAAGUGGGCAACUGAAGCUUUGCAACAAAGUGGAGGUGGAUGGGCUGGAACUGAAGUGGCAUGUACCCGCAGCAGUUACCAGGGAUGCCCUAUCAGCAAGCUGUGCCUCCUCAGCUGGGCUGCUACUCCCAACAGGUGACACUCUACAACACACAGCAGAUGGGCCAGCAGAUCUUCCGCUCUUCCUACAUCCCCCUGCUGAGCUACAUCCCCUUUGUCCAGCCCAACUUCCUGUACCCACAGAGGACACCUCAAAAGCUGCCCACCAAUCCCCGAGACCCUUCCCCCAUGGCAGGAGACGGGCCGAAGUACCUCUUCCCCCACGGAUACCGGUUCACCUCGACGUCUGGUGGGCCCCCGAUGAACAGCCCUUAUUUUUCCUCCAGUGGGAAUGGCAUAAAGUUUUAGACUUCUUUUUUUCCCCUCCUACUCCUUCAGCCCUUGGAUCAAGUCUAAGGGCUCUGAAAUUCUGGAUUGUACAAUAGCUUGGUAUGAAGUUUGGAAAACCAAGGUUCAGACCAGGUCAUGGUCAGAAAACAGCAAGACUGGAUUCAUUGAAUGGCCAUCUAUUUGUCACACACACACAAGCCAAACACAUUCCCUCCUGUGCACACUCACUCGCUCAUCCACACAGGCACCUGUAUUUCACUAACAUGAGUGAGUUUUGUUUCUGUUGUUGUUAAAAUAGGAGUAAGGCACUUACUUUUAAAAAGUUUGUAUUUUAUGAUAAAACUCUGAACUGCUUGAAUGCCUGUUCAUUUUUGUUAUGAUGUGUGCAAUCUUAAUUGCUCAUUUUCCCUGUGAAACUCCAUGUUUCCUCAGGACAUGAAAGGAAAGAAUGGGCUGGAGUGCUGCCCUCUAAAUUUGGGAUCCUAUGAACCACAAGCUUGAGGGCUUAUCUCUUUACUCCUGUGAUCCAUUCACUUCCCAGCACCUCGCUUUAUGCAUCCUGCUUUCUGGACAUUAUGAAAGGAGUGAAUUCACCCCCAUGUAUUCUGAGUGGAGGUUUUACAGAAAGUCCCUCUAAGACACAAGAUGUAAAAAUGUGGCCUGGAAAACAAUAUCCAAAUGAACUUAAAUGACAAACUGUAUCUAAUGUUGUAUAUCAGUGUCAAUCCAGAAGUCAACCUCAACACUGCACCUAAUAGCACUGUCCUUGAUCUGUCUUGUCCAGCUCUUAUAGAUGACUUGAAUAACAACUCUGACAGUACCCUGAUUGCUUUUAUGGAGGGCACACAUCUGGAAAGAGGAAACCGCAUGCAUUGUGAUGCACUUGUUCUUUAACUUUCUUAGUCUAAGCCCACAACAGGCAUUCCCUUCCCCUGAGCCUGGAGAGAGCCACAGAAGCCUUCUCCCUAGGCACUCCAGGUAUGCAUCACUGACCAGAGUUGGUCUAUGAAAUGAAAUCCAUGUGCUGUUCCUUAACAAACACCAGCAACAUGCAAUUAAACAAAAGCUAAUGUAAGGAUAUACUCUUUGUGUAAAAAAAAUGAACUAUGCACAUGCACAAUACACUGAUAUCAGUUCUAACCUGUCAUGCCAGCCCUUGCCAGACUGUCAGUGAUGACAGAAUGGGGAUGUUUUCAGAUAUUUAGAGUCUCAAAACAUUUACCUCCUGGUAAUUUGUCAGGAAGCUAAGGGAUGGGGUAAACUACUACAUGGGAUUCAACCAACACGGACUCCAGGAAAUUGGUCCCCAGUGCUGGAAAGAAAUUCAGGAUCUCCUUGAAGUGAAAAAGAAGGAAGGUCUUAGCUUAAGAGUUGCCCUCCCUCUGGGGGUAGUGGUGCAAACCUGUAAUCCCAGAACUCUGGAAGGCUGAGGCAGGAGAACUGCAAGUUCCAAUCCAACCUGAGCAAUUUAGCAACUUAGUGAGUCCCUGUCUCAAAAAAUGUUGGGGAUAUAGCUCAUUGUGAGGUCCUGGGUUCAGGCACAGCCUCUUGUGUUGAUGGGGCUGAGGAGGCUGAAGAAAAGGAAAAUGGUAGAUUAUUCACACUUUGGAAAAUUGUACUGUGAGUUGUUUUAUAGCUGUUGGU